UUACUACUUCCUGUCAGGGCGCUCUGAUAGGACGGGGCCCUGGCGCUCGCCUCUGAGGGAGAUUGCAUGCUCCUCUAUGGUGAGUGCAACUCCUGUGCUCGGGGGCACCACACCGGUAUCAGUGCCCUGGGUAAUGAUCAGUAGAGAUGGUGAUCCACUGGAAAAAAGGCCUUCUGUUUGCAUUGUGCACUUUAUCCUACGUUGAAUGUUUCGCGGUCGAUGAAAUACCGGAUGAGUGGAUGCUUCUCCAUGUGGUCCAGGGACAAAUAGGUGCAGGAAACUACAGUUACCUGAGACUUAACCAUGAAGGAAGGAUAAUACUGGAGAUGAAGAGCCUGAAAGGUGAUGCAGACAUUUAUGUUUCUGCUUCAACCCUUAAUCCCAAUUUUGAUGAGUACGAGCUCCAAUCUACAACAUGUGGCCUGGAUACAGUAGUUGUCCCAGACCAUUUCAACCGCCCAGUGGGAAUUGGAAUUUAUGGGCAUCCAUCUUCUCUCGAGAGUGAAUUUGAAAUUAAAGUAUAUUAUGACAGAACUAUUCAAGAGGACCCUUUUGCCGAUGCCUCAUAUUACCCCGAACUCCUAGAGGCAAGUCGCAAACCACAAAAACAAGCCCCACAGGAUGCACCUCAGGAGGAGGAAUCUAUGAUACGAACUAUAUUAAUAGGCAUUCUCAAGAUUGUUCUAGAGAUACUUUUCUAAGUGCUAAUAUUUGUAUUCUCUAACAAAUUGAUUUCUACUUCUAUAAGAACUGGAAUAUUAAGAAAUAAAGGACAACAUCCAGGAUGUAAGACGCACAGCAGCAUUUCUUUCAUCAGCUAAAAACUGACCAAAACAAAUAACUCUAGAGACUUGGUUACCUCCUUUAAAAUUAAUUUUGCCCUUAACUGUUCUGGUUAGUUAAUCUAUGGCACUGCCCUUUUACAGUGGGGUGUAAAAACGGCUACUGUGUCCUGACAGGGCAAGACAUGUCUCAGGCAUGCUGCAACUAGUGUGUUUAAUGGGGGUUGUCCAACAGUUAACAUUUUUUUUUUUUAAAAGGCUCCACAUGGUGUAAAAUAAUCAUUUUUCCACCAGUCCGACACUUUCAGGUCCCAUGCCAGUCUCUAAUUCCUAGUCCCUUUUAUCAUGGAGCACAUUAUUGCUCAGCCAGCCUAUCACUGGCUGAAAUGAGUCAUCACCGCAGCUGCUAUGAGGAAGCAAAAACCAGGGGGGUGAAGAACCGAAUCAGGAACAGCAGGGGAACUGUAAGGUGAACCUGAUUUCUGUUAUUUUAAACCAUGCGGAUAUACCAAGCCCUGAAUUUCAGAAUCGUAUCUUUAAAAGGUCACAAAAAAAAGCUUACUUUUGCAAAACUUUUACAACUUUUUGCAUUUUUAAACCAGUUUUGGAAAGUGUGUUUGGUUAGCUUUGAAAAUUAGUUACGCUCUAAAUUUAUCACUGUGGCUAUUUUAUUAUAAAAUUUUAAGCUGACUCCAGUAGAGGGGUGGUGUAAAAAAUUGGAGUAGUAGUUCUAGCCAAAAGUGCCAAGUUGAAAGAGGUAUUCCGGGAGUUCAGUGUUGAUGACCAAUCCUCCUCACGCCCCACUGAUCAGCGUCGUCCUAGGCCAGUGACAAUGUGUUUGUCAAUCACAUGGCCUAGACACAGUCCAGUCCCGUUCAAGUGAAU